UUGCUGCUGCGGGUUGUUGUGUCACAAGGCCAGCUGAUGAACAGGAAGGUUGCGGAGAGCAGACGGGAAAAUCGAAACGAAUGUCAAUGCAAAAGAAAUUAUGAACCUGGUAGAAGUACCUCUGACAAGCCUUAAGAGUGGGAAACUGAAAUACAAACUGCUCAAACCCAGGAAUGCAUCCAAACCUGCACCAAUUUCACCCGGAAGAGGGCCUUUGCAGGACGAAGCUUUAGAAGGCAGCAAAGUUGCAAAAGGGUUUGCCAAUACACCGAAGAAAAUAAACGAUGAAGAGCAGAUAGUGACAGGCUUGGAGUUUCCCCCAAUUAGAACUUGUGAGACAGCAACAGAUGAAAGAUGUGUAGGUAAAGGCGAUUUGACUGGAGAGGUGCAAAAGGCUGGUAAUGUUUCUCAUCAAGAGGGAAGAAUAGGUGCAGGAGGGGCACCUGAGGCUGUGAGGCAAAUAUUAGAAAAUGCAUACGAAGAUGAUAAUGGAGAAGGUCAGGUUUGUCAACUUUUGCAUGAACAAAACACACCACGAAUUUAUUUCAAAAUACCAGAUGCAGCUGCCACAAAGGCUUCAGGUAAAAACCAGUACUGUGUACUGCAAUGUGCAGACAUUUCUGCAGGUGAUCUACGAGUAAUAACAAAAUUUGGUUCCUGGGACUCAAUGGUUGCAAGGAUUCUUAUCGAAUGUGAUGGGCCUAUGCUUCUUUGGAAGCAGAGUAGCCAAAGCGCAAGUGCUGAGGCUUAUAACAAAAAUGUAUGCCCUACUGCAAAAUAUGAGUACCUUAUUUUGAAGUCAUGUAUGGUAAAGGCCACAUUCCCAGUGGAAUAUAUAUCAAUGGUUUGCAAAAUGAUGCAUUUAGUUAAAGUUGAAAAAACAAGAGAGAUUUUGCAAAUAAAGGAUUUGAAGAAGAGUGGGAUUAUUUCAAAGAGAACAAAACUUCCUUCUAAGAUAAGGGAGGGACUACCUGAAUGGGUUAAUUAUAUACCGUAUCAGUGGUAUUCUGCGAAAAUGAGAAGAGCAAUAGAGUAUGCUCUCAUUACCUACACAAUUUUGUCAUUACUUUGGGCAGUAUGGCAGCUUUAUCGACAUGUUGAUUUCAUUCGCUCAUAUUUGAAGCCUAUUGUGCAAUUCAUUGAGCACUAUCUCAGCAUGUUCAAGACUUGGUUUCAGUGGAUUGAUGACUUAUUUGCAAUCCUAUCACACUAUUGGUGGCAUUAUUUGAAACCAAUUAUAAUGCUUCUUGUUGCUGCUCUGUCUCCAAUCUUUCAAAUAUUCAGGCCUCUCAAAGGAAUAAUCAAUAUUAUACCUCACCUCUGUGCUCCAUUUAUACAGCUGUUCAACAUGAUUUACUUAUUCAUCAAACCAAUCAUAACUCCAUUCAAGGCAAGCUUUGGUGUUAUUUCUCAAUACUUUGUGUUGGCUUUUACAACAGUUUUCUCUAACCUUAUGAGCAACCCUACUGUAGCCCACAUCAUCAAACGAAGCAGUGAGUUUUAUGUGGUGCAGCUCAUCCAUGAAGCUUUGCAUGGGCACCUUGAUCCUUUGAAAGCUCAAAUGGUUGUUAUCAGAGAUUUGAUCUUUAAAAGCUCAAGAAAGAUAUAUUAUGGCUUGAGAUUUAUCAUGAACAAAACCUAUUUCAUGAUACUGUUCUUCAGACGUGAGAGAGAAUAUUCCAACGAAGGUCGCAUUUUAGAGCAAAGUGCACAGAAAGAGACAAAAUUAAAGGAUGAAUGAUUGCCAGUUUUACAUUGAGUGUUAGAUCAAAAUUUGACAUGAAUUUGAAAUGUUUAAUUCUAAAUUACUGUAGAAUCUGUGUAUAAGCCACAUAAAUUUUUGAUUGUCCCAUUUUGUGGAUGUAGUGGUUUGUUUAUGCUUCAAUUGACAUUUUCUAAAAUCGUGAUGAUCCCAGCAAAGGGAAUAGAUAUGACAUUGUUUGGGGGGCUGCUUUAAGUUAGAUAUUGAAAAAAUCUGGAAAAUAUUUGACAUGCCCAGCGCUUGCUACUUGGAAACACCUAAGAACAUCUACCAAUAAUGUGACUUGACCAAACCAAAUGGCCAAGCUUGUACAAGUUUGGCUGUGUUUUCACUUCAACAUUUUGUUUGUCAUAGUUAUAAUUGAAAGCUGUUUGAUUUUUGUCAAACAAUUUCAGUAUUACAUUACCCGGCUAAGCCCCAAUAUUUUUAAACUCAACUGACAUUUGGUCAGAGAGAAAUAAUAUUUCAGGGGUUAUUAAACCUUAAGCCUACAUGCAGGGAUGCCAGGGAAGGGAUGUGUGGGGGUCCAGAGUGCCCUUUUCAUUAAAGUACCCUUGAAGCCAGCCAAUUGUAAUAAUAAUCAGAAUUAGUAGAAGCUGAGCUGAGAGUUAUUUUUCAAAUGUCCUUUUACUCAAGCCUGCCCUCCUUGUCCUUGGUCAUUCCAGCAUCCCUGCCUACAUGGCCCUGAAUACCCUUGGGUGGCUUCUGCACAAAAGAAUUUUGGAAAAUAUGCUUAUCUUGUUAAGAUCAGUGUUCUGUUUUACAUUAAAACAGUAAAUGACUUGCUUGAUGAGCUACAUUUUGUUACACUUUAAAUGAUUUGAAUUGAGUUUUAGUAAUUUUCUUUUUAAUUGAUUUAAUCAAUAAAUUAAUUACUAAUUGAUUACAUUAGUAAAAUGCAAAGUCAAGUACUUUAUGUGAGGGAUCACUUCAUGUGUAGAGUAUCCCUUAUUAAACAUUCCACUAAAAUAUAUUCAUACUAUGUAGAAGAAAGACUGUUUCUCAAUUUCUGGUUACAUUCUUGAGAACUUAUUGUUAGCCUUUAUUUAAGAUCUAGAAAUUCCAAUUAUUUGAUGGAGUUUUUAUCAGGGGGAGGGGGUACCUUAACAUGCUUGGAGGUACGGGGAUGUGCCAUUAUUUAGGGGUACCUUUUUUCUGAAAAGUGUGGAAUUAUCGGUAUCAGUUUUUAAAAUUUGUGCAGAACUAUGGGUACAGUUUGAAGAAACAUGCAGAAUUAUGGGCACCAUUUUGGGAAAAUAUUGCAAAAACAUUAAGGAGAUUGAGCAUUAACAAAAUUAAUGUCCAGUUAGAAAUGAAAAUAUGAAAUUGGUGUAAUAUUGAGAUUUUGGGGCAUAAGACAUGCAAAAUUUGGUUGAUGAUUUUUUAUAUGCUUUAACAAUUUUAUUUGGCAUACCCAGAAUUAUCGGUAUAGUUUCCAUCAUGUUUGCGGAAUUAUGGGUCACAUUUUUCCAGACCUUUGCGGAAUUAUGGGUCCAGAUUUUAAACCAAAAUAACAAAUUCCUGUCCAAAAUUAGGCAUAGUUUACCGCCCGCGAGUUUUUUCCGAGAUAGUUGGACUGGCACCUAAAGUUGGAUUUGGGGUAGACGAAAUUUGACACACAAUUACAACAAAAAUAAAAACUAAAAGUAAAAGUUGUAAUUAAAAAAAUUUGGAACUUCAAUGACGCUUCCUCAUAAACAUUUCUCAAUUUUUGCUUGAUAUUUACGUAAGUGAUGUGUAUUGCAUAGUGCGUAGACUAUUGUGAGGUUGCUUUGUUGUUAGUUUUAUGAUUAGACUUGACUAAAAAAGUAAUCAAAUAAAAUAAAUAAAUAACUAGAUGAUUAAAUAAAUAAACAAAUAGCAGUAAAACUAAUGAAUGGGUAUGGUUCCUGAGUGCAAAGAC